UGUCACUCCGGAGUAAUUUUUUUGUUAUUUUAAGGUUUUCACCGGAAUUUGUCUUCCCUCCAUGACGCCGGACGGGGACAUUGCCGACGGCGAGUUUGUACUUCUCAUCUGCGCGGAGCCGGACCAGACGAACACCGAAGGCGAUGGCCAUGAGAUCAUCAUAUCGACGGAUACAAUUGUGGAUUGGGACACGGCUUCUAUUCUCACACACCAGAUUGUCAAAAUAAAAGCCAAUCGUCAAAGGCUCAUUGAGCAGUCUUCCUAUUUUAGAUGCCUCUUGAACGGAAGCUUCAGUGAAGCUUGCUUUGAUUGUGUAUCAAUCAAUUGGAACACUGAACUGUUUUUGAACGUUUUGCGGUUUAUGUGUGGAUAUCCCGUGGAUAUUACUCCAGAAAGUUUUGUGCCUUUUUGUGAGGCUGCACUGUUUUUUGGAGUGGAUUGUCUCCUCUCCAAGUGUCAAAAUUGGUUAAAUAAUGUGACUUCAUACAAAAGGAUUUUGCUUCCACAAAUUCAAUUAAGUGACGUCAUCACCAUUUGGAAAUAUGGCAUAGAGAAUGCAAUUGAUUUCGUAUUACAAAUAUGUCCGGUCUAUCUUUCCAUCAACUUCAUGUGGGCAAUUUCAUGUGAGUCUUUUCACAAUGUUCCGUAUGAACUGUUAUAUUCAUGCAUAAAGAAUCCUAAUUUGACAGUAGACAGUGAGAAACAUCUUUGUGGUGCUAUUCUAGCUUGGCUUAAGGCUAAUACCGGAGAGCUUGGGUCAUCAAGCACUACAAUAAAUGAUUACACUGAAAUUUUGGCAGAGAUCCGUGUCAGACUAUUGCCUUUAUCUUUUGCUGCUGCGAAAAGAAGAUGCAACUUCUUUUCAAAGAUUGCGAAUUCGGGUAUCGACAGCAUUUUUACUUUAGCAAGAUAUCCAUCUGCAAGUUCAACAUACGGUCUUGAUGAUGAAGACUCUAGUCAUCUUAGAAUCCGAUUGACUAAACAUACUAAGAAAGUGGACCUUUCAGGUUGUCUUCAAUUCAGUCCUGCCCUUCUUCUCUUAUCUGUGCUUCAUUCUUCAUAUAGCAUGGAUCCCAUUUUACAAGAUAAAAUUAAGAAGCAUUUUCUUGCUUUUGAGCAUCAUUUUGGAGAUAACUCUGAGAUUUCCUGGCAAUCAUUUCCAAUUUUGUCUUUUGAAGGAGUACACGAGGUGGAUAUAUCAAACUGUCAAUUCCCAGUUCUUAAACCUAUUGUAGAAUGCUUUUCCAGGUCCUUUCCAUCAUUAAAAAUAUUAAAGGCUACUAAUUAUUCAAAACUCCCAACUGGAAUGUUGUAUCAAUUGGUGCAAAUGUGCUGUCUACUCUCUGAUGUAGACCUCAGUGUAGACAUUAGCCCAAUUAUGCCGACCAAAGUUAGAAUUAAGUCUUCACACCCCGAUGUAACACCACAAGGAUCAAGAGGUAUCACUCCUACGGAUGCUGUUUCAUUCUCAUAUGACCUUGGUCUGCAGCAAUCAAAUAUAACUAAUCUCACGUUGGAAGGCCGAACAGAUAUAUCAGACCGCCAUAUCUUCUUUUUCAUGGAGUUCUGUCCAUCCUUGUGUUACGUUAACCUCCGAGGCUGUAUAUCUUUGACUGAUGAUGGAAUAUCAGUUUUACUGCUUAAGUGCAUAAAUCUUCACUCCAUCUUCGUUUGUGAUACUUACUUUGGACGGAAUUCGGUUUUGGCUCUUUGCCAUGGUGCUUCUAAAUUUGAUGGUUCUGAAGCACUAAAGUAUAAAGACCUCUCUAGUUCUGUGGCUUCUAAACUUCAAAUCUUGCAUAUGGGUGGCUGCAAAAGUGUUACUGCAACACUUAUUUCAGAGCUUAUAUCUCAAACAACUAUGUUGAAAAGUCUUUGCUUAAGGGAGACUGAACUUGUGGACCAUGCACUAUAUAGCUUUUCAGGAUCUUGCUUAGAGAUGCUUGAUGUGUCUAAUACCAAGGUUUCUGGUCGUGCUGUGGCUCAUGUGGUCCAGAGAAAUCAUGAUCUUAAGUUUCUUGUUGCCAGAGAUUGCAGACAUUUUGUACAGGAAGAAAGCAAGAGUGAGGCAGAAAAGCCCAAUGCUUUCUCAUGUUGUUGCAGUGAGUUGUACGGUGAACUAGGCAAAUCGUGCCAAUUGGAGGAAAUUGCUGUUGGAUGGGGAUUUUCAUACUUAUCUUUUGAGGCUCUACGACCUGCAAUUAGAAUGUUAAGGGCAAUAAAUGUAGGUUUAGGUGGAUCUAUGGGCGAAGAUGGACUGAAGAUGUUGCCCACUCUCUGUCCCCAGCUGGAGAUCGUGAUUCUUCAUUUCCAGGUAAUAUCUAACUCCAUCAUACUAAAUAUCGCAAAGGCUUUGAGAAAUUUGCAAGUUUUGGCUCUUUGCUAUUGCAUUGGUGAGAUUUCAUUAUCAAGCACUAAGUUAAGCAUGCCAAAUUUGAGAAAAUUUAAACUUGAAAGAGUUUCUCCAAGGAUGACCAAUGAAGAUCUGCUCAUUCUUACUGGGAGUUGUGUAAAUUUGAUCGAACUUUCUUUAGUGGGUUGCUCACUUCUUAAUUCAGAGUCCCAACAUAUUAUUUCACUUGGUUGGCCUGGAUUGAUCUCAGUUCAUCUAGAGGAAUGUGGUGAAGUGACGGUCAGUGGUGUCACAUCGCUUUUGGAAUGUCAUGCCCUUGAAGAUCUCUUCUUACGGCACAAUGGUCCUGGAAUGCAGAGGGAUACUAUUUCUCGUGUUGCUUCAAAGAUGCCAUUACUUCGAAAGAUAUCACUCGAUGUUUGUGAUGCCAUGGAUCGUGACUUCGACAUCCCAAAUUUCACUGACAGGUAUCCCUUAAGUAGUGUGAGGAUCUCAAGAUGCAAGCAGAAAAGGUGCACUCUAGACUUCACGGGCUACGCAAGCCGGACAGUCCCAGUGCAUGUAGAAACACUAGUGCUGGUGUGGAACAGCAACGGACUCACAACGGCUGUUGUCAAAGAAAGAUUAUAGCACUAGAAAACUAUGCACUUAAUCGUUUUUUGUAUUUUCGAGCCAGAACGCUUCUGAGAAACAACAUCUAUACACCCUUUUGGGCAGAGAUAAGGUUUGUGUACGGAUGACCCCCAAUCCCCACCCCCAUUCAUCAUAGCAUAGUUCAACAUUUUUGCUUCUAGUGGAGAUGCUAAUUUGUUUAGAAUUUACUGCUUCUAUGGAAUU